GCGAUACGACCAAAGAAACUUUGAGCGAGAUUACGACCAGCGAGACCGUGACUCCCGAGGUCCCCCGACGUCGGCCAGUGAGAAGCCCAGCAAGAUCAUCAUGCUGAGGGGGCUGCCACAGUCGGUGGACGAAGAUGAGAUCCGUUUAGAGCUGCAAGCUUUUGGUGCACCCCUGAAGGAAGUCAGGCUCAUGAAAAGGAAAGAAACAGGUGCCUCCCGCGGCUUUGCCUUUGUGGAGUUUGAAAACUUGCAGGACGCAACUCGCUGGAUGGAACAGAAUCAGCACCAGCUGAUGCUGCGUGGCCAGCGUGUGAACAUGCACUACAGCACACCCAAGCCUCAAAAGGAAGAGGACUGGCAGUGUAGUAAGUGUGGGGUGCACAACUUCAAGCGCCGAGACCACUGUUUCAAAUGUGGCAUAUCCAGAGAAGAAUCGUCAAAGACACUGAAGGAGGGAGAGGGGUACAAUGAAGUGGGCUCACAGCCAUCCAAUACUCUGAUCUUCCGAGGUCUGGACACCCUGACGACAGAGGAGACUAUCCGGUCGACGCUGGGCGCUCUGUCCACGGUCCACAUCCACAGCAUCCGGCUGAUCAAGGACAAGCUGACGCACACCUCGCGGGGAUUCUGCUUCGUGGAGAUGAACACGCUGGAGGAGGCUGCACAGAUGAUGGACGUGCUUAUGGCAGUUAGACCUGCCUUCGCUAUCGAUGGGAAACAAGUGAAUGUUGCCUUUGCCAAACAGGGAAAAGCAGGAAGUAGUGCCCCAAGUGGAGUUGCCGCGGCUGCAAUAGAAGCCGCUCAGUGGUCGCAGGCACAAGCACAGGGGACCGACCAAUCAUGGGACCAGACACAGCAGCAGUACAGUACAGAGCAGGGACAGCAGGCGUUUGCGGCGGCCGCCGCCGCCCAGGACGGGCAGUUCCCCCAGGACCCAGCGGACUAUGCGGCGUACUUCCAGAGCGGGGACUACGCUGCGUACUACCAGCAGCAGGGCAUUGACCUGGCCCAGUACCAGCAGCUGGCAGCAGCUGCAGCUCAGGCCGCUGCUGCUGCAGGAGGCACGGGUGCUGCGCAGACUGCCCUGGAACAGGUGCAGGCGGCGCAGCAGUUCCAGAAGCAGCAGCAGAUCAUCCAGCAGCAGAUCGUGACGCAGAUGCAGCAGCAGCAGAAGCUGAGCGAGCUCACCACGGAGGAGAGACUGGCAUUGCAGGUGGGUGAAAUGACAGCACAAGAGCUCGGGCGACAGGCGCAGCAGUGGUCACAGCAGGUAGCUCAGUACCAGCAGGUCAUUGACCCUGCCGCGGUGGCGACCCAGGUCAUCGCCGCGACAACCGCUGCCGCCGUGGCAACCACCGUCCCGGUCUCCACGGCAACUGUCGCCCCGGCGACAAGCCAGGCGGCCGUCUCCACGGUGACCACUCCGGCCAUGCCCGCCCUGACCAUCCCCUUGGUUUCAUUGGACCAACCCAGUUACCCUGUCUACCCUACCCCAGACCUGUCCACCUUCCAGUAUGAUGAGACGUCAGGGUAUUACUACGACCCACAGACUGGGCUCUACUACGAUGCCAACACACAGUACUUCUACAAUUCUCAGACUCAGCAGUACCUAUACUGGGAUCAGGAGAAACUGUCGUACCUGCCUGCACCAACCGACGCAGCGGAACAACAGGGCGGUGACGGCAAGGACAACAGGGAGGAGAAGAAGAAAAAGAAGGAAAAAUCUGCUCAAAAGAUUGCUAAAGACAUGGAGAGGUGGGCCAAGAGUCUGAACUCCAUGAAGGAGACAAAGAAGUUUGUCCCCAUCGGCAUUGGCAUUAAACCUUCCCAGAAGUCUGGAGAGGAGAAACUGUCAGCUACUGCUGAUGCCGGUUACGCCAUUCUAGAAAAGAAGGCCUCCCUUGCAGAAAGACAGCAGUCGGUGUUGGAAGCCUUACAGAGAAAAAAGGAAGAAGAUGUCAAGCCCAGCCCUGUGGCCCAGAACUCCCUGGUGGAUGCCUACGGCGGCGGCAGUGACAGUGAAGAGGAGGAGGAGGACUCCCAGAAGAGGCAGACGUCCCUGGCACCUGAUGAGGAACAGCUCCUGGACUGGAAGAGGAUGGCCUGUCUGCUCUGUAAGAGACAGUUCCCCAGCAAGGAGGCUCUGUCCAGACAUCAGCAGCUGUCUGAUCUACACAAGACUAACCUGGAGAUGAGAAGAAGAUCAGUGAUGAGUGCUGAGGAACUGGAGGCACUAGAGAAAAGAGAAAGAGAGAUGAAGUACAGAGACAGAGCAGCAGAGAGAAGACAAAAAUUUGGCAUUCCAGAACCCCCACCUCCCAAGAGGAAAAGGGAGGACUAUCUCGGCAAAGUGCAAAGUUCGUACGAGGAGCCCACCAAACACGGGAUCGGCAGUGAGAACAUCGGGAACAAGAUGCUGAAGGCCAUGGGCUGGGCGGAAGGCACGGGGCUGGGCAAGAAGAAACAGGGAAUCACAGCACCCAUCACGGCGGAAAAGCGUACCAUGGGUGCAGGUCUGGGCAUGAAGGGGAGCUCCUACGGUACAGAGGCAGGCGACACUUACAAGGAGUCUGUCAAGAAAAUCAUGAGACAAAGAUACUACGAGACAUCGUAACAUAACAGAACUGGCAUUGUUCCCAUCUUAGGCCUUUCUGUAUUGUAUGUAGUCAUGUUAAUAAGUCUUCGGAAAUCAUUCCUGUGUGUAAAAUAAGUUCAUAAACAGGGCAAAAUGUAUGUCGGUUAGGCCACAGUGUCUUUUCACAACUUACAGGCAGUAUCAUUUGGUAUAUCAACUACACAUGUUUUACAACAAUAGCCCUUACAGUACACACUUCACAUGGAAUAGAAUCUGAUGCUUGUAAUUAUUGAAAUAUUUCCUAACCUUAACUUCUUGAACAUUUUAAAGUUGUACAUAUUAAAAGUUUAUUUGUACGAAAUGACUCAUUUUUCAUGGCAACUCUACAGAAUAUUGUUAUCUGUGUAGCCAACAAUCGUGUCAGGUAGAAUGCAUACAACUAAUGGUGCAUUCUUUGAUUAGUUGGUAGUUUUGCUUUCAUUAGCAUUAACUGUAGCUUACAAGACAAGCUUGUAUAGUCCCUAGUUUCUACACGUGUAAAAGAAACAGUACUCUUUUUAGGGUAAAGAAUGAAGAUUAUCGCAUUGUGCCAUACACUUACAUCAGGACAUCAGCAUCUGUAUACAAAAAUUAAUGUGGUAGAACUACUUUCAAGCCAAUGCUUGAACCAUAAUGGCAUUUCCUUAUAGUCUGAUCUACAGGAAUAUGUCACCACUGCAGGCAUGUCCCAGUCUUGUACAUACAUCUCUUCAAUGUUUUAUUAGUUCUUACAGGGGACUCAAUCACUGCCAAGAUGUUGCACCUUUUGGUUUGUAUAUUAAAAAGAAAAUAGUGCUGAA